AUGCACCGUGAGCUGGAAGAAGAAGAAGAAGCUGUUCCGGUCGAAGAAGAAGCAGGGAUCUCUGAUGGCUCCACUGCGGUGAGUCGGGCACGGAAGCUUCUGUUUCGGCGAAUGCUGGUGGGGAUCAAAGACGGAAGGUUCUUCUUGGGCUCCUUCUACUGCAUCGACAAGCAGGGCAACAUCAUUCUCCAAGACGCCGUCGAGUACCGAUGCACGCGCCAAUCCUCUCCUUUUCCCAUGGAACAGAGGUGCCUCGGCCUUAUUCUCAUUCCCUCCUCCUGUCGCAGCACUUGUCACAUCGGUUCCUCUCUCCAUGAGCACAUUAUCAGCACGGCUACAGCUGUAGAUUGCUACAAUGAGUGA